UUUGUUUAAUUGGAGAAACCAUAAAGCAGUGAGCAUGUUUUCUAAUUAUAGAAUUUGGAAUCAAAGUAAUUACGUUUUAUAUUGUACAUUAUACUUCCAUUAAAAUAUUAUGUGCAUAAAUACAUCUUAUUUUUUUCAGACAUGGAUCAAUGUGUGCGCUAUUAUGUUCAGCAUUCUUCUGUUUUUUUCUGUUGCGUUGAUUUACAAUUCAUCGUGUCCAACAUGCAACCCUCCUUCAAACCCAUAUUGGAGCAUGCAGAUGCUAAUGGUCAACCCUUUAUUUUAUUUUAUUUGCAUUUUGUCACCUGUUACUGCUUUAUUACCCAGGUUUUUGUACAAAUCCAUCCAGGGGACUUUGUUUCCAUCACAAGUUCAGGUUGGGCGUCAGUUGCUCAAAUCACAUCCAGAGUGGGUCACUCAUGUUUUGAACAAGCUGAAUUCUAACACAGGAUGUGCUCUUCAAAAACAACUAGAUAAUACAGUAUCACAUAUCAGUGAUAUUCAAAACCCAAGAGAAACCAAAAAAGAAUCAGAGCAAAAGGGCCAAACGCUAUUCACUAAAAUAGGAAAUCAACCAAGUGACCAGAAUUACAGUCCAUGUAAAGAUUCUUAUUUUUUUGAGAAGCCGGAUAACCAUUCCAUUGCAAGUUCCCAGCUUUACUACCAAGAGCAUCCUGUUAUAUCAAAUACCUUAUCAGUGAAUGAAACACUCAACUGGAGCUCACAUUUAGAACAAUCUGAUGUCAGUUUAAUAAACUGGAUAACAUCCACUCCUUUGUUUAAGUCCAAUAAUAAACCAAAGCAACCCAAAAACAGUAUUCAAGAUGAAUCACAACAUGCUACUGUUUUGCCGGUAGUUUCAUAUUUGCCUCAAGACCAAGAAGAUAGCAAAGAAUGCAACAUAAACUUUUACCAAGAUAGAUUAAUAAGGACAGAAAUUAAUGGAGAAGUACAAGAAACAACUUUUUUAUAAAAU